AUGGUCGCCAUGUGGCACAACCACCGUUAUCAUCGUCAGUCCUUGUAUCAUCAGUACCGUCCAUCACCAUCGUCGGUUACUUCCGCCCUGGUUGAAUUCCAAGUCCCACGAAAAAGCAGCAAGCACGUGCGAGGAGUGCUGUCACUCUCCAACGCCAGCUCGACAUGCGGAAGCAUGAAGGAGCUGAUGCAGUUGCACGCUCAGGCCAUCAAGCUCGGUUUGUCCGAGGACCGCUCUGUCGUCAGUCAGAUUCUCUUCUUCUGCGCUAUUUCCGAUGCCGGCAGCCUUCACUACGCUACUCUCCUCUUCUACAGCCUCCAUCAACACCUCCUCGAUUCUUUCCUUUGGAAUACCAUGAUCCGUGCUCACGCCAAGAGCGACGCUCCCCAAAGCGCCUUGCAUCUGUUCGACGAAAUGCUUAGCCAAGGCUCCGUCCCUCCAGACAAGUUCACCUUCCCCUUCCUUCUCAAGGCAUGCGCACGCCUUCAAGCGCUCCACGAAGGAGAACAACUGCACUCCCACGUCUUCAAAUCCGGCCUUGCCUUCGACCUUGUCGUGAGGAAUGCGCUUAUCAACGUUUAUGCGCAGAUUGGGAUGCUAGAAUCCGCGCGCCGGGUGUUCGAUAGAAAUCCUCAACGGGACUCGGUUUCCUGGAAUUCUUUGAUUGGUGGGUAUUUGAAGCAUGGACACCUUGAGGAAGCAGGUCGCCUCUUCUCCCAGAUGCCUCACGAGAAGACUCUUUUCUCGUGGAACAUAAUGAUAUCAGGGUAUGCCAAGUCCGGACAGCCUGAACUUGCCAAGUCCCUUCUCCGUCAACUUCCUUCCGAAUUCAGCAACACCAACUCGCCCAUUUCCCUCACUUGUCUCAUCUCCCUCUACGUGGAGGCCGGGGAGGUGGAGGCUGCACGUCGGGUGUUUGAUAGUAUGGGCGAAAAGGAUAUUGUGUGCUGGAGUUGCAUGAUUUCUGGAUACGUGCGCAGCGGCAACUACAUGGAGGCAUUAAGGCUCUUCAAAGAGAUGCAGCAGGUUGAAGAAAACGUAAAGCCGGACAAGGUGUUGCUGGUUAGCAUUGUCUCAGCCUGUGCCCAUUUAGGUGCUCUUGAACAAGGCAAAUGGCUACACGCUUUUAUCAGGAAGAAGUUGCCAUCAGCAAGUAGGGAGGGGGAAAUUUCAUGUGCCCUUAUAGACAUGUACUCAAAAUGUGGAAGUAUCAAAGAUGCAGUUGAGGUCUUCCAUGAGAUGGUAACAAAAGACAUCAUGGCGUGGAACUCUAUUUUAUGUGGUCUUGGCAUAAAUGGCUAUGGGAAUGAUGUUGGCAUGUACUUUUCGGAGAUGCUGAAGAGUGGUAUCAUGCCUGACAGAAUCACAUUUGUUGGUAUUUUAGGUGCCUGUUCCCACGCAGGAUUAGUGGAUGAUGGGCAAAGAUAUUUCCAGCUUAUGAAAACAUACGGCAUAGAGCCUGAUAUUAAACACUACGGAUGCAUGAUAGAUCUCCUUGGACGAGCUGGGCUUGUGAGUGAAGCUGAGGCAUUGGUACAAACAAUGCACAUGAGACCAAAUGUUGAGAUAUGGGGGGCUUUGCUUGGGGCAUGUCGAAAGCAUGGCAAUGUUCCGAUAGCUGAACGAGCAGCGAGGAACCUUAUCGAAUUAGAUCCUGAACAUAGCGCCUGCCAUGUGCUUCUAUCCAAUGUUUAUGCUGCAGCAGGUCAGUGGGACAAUGCCAGAAAUGUAAGGUUAAAGAUGAAGGCUAAAGGCGUGAAGAGGGUGCCUGGUUGUAGUUUGAUUGAAUCCAAGGGCAAUGUGUAUGAGUUUGUGGUAGGAGAUGUAUCCCACCCAAGGGCUGGAGAGAUUUACUCCAUGUUGCAAGAGAUGAUAGAGCGGCUAAAGCUAGCUAAUCAUGUAUUGGACACAUCACAGGUCCUAUUCGAUGUGGGUGAUGAUGAAAGGGAAGUUGCACUUGGGUAUCACAGUGAGAAGUUGGCGCUGGCCUUAGGACUGAUCGAUACAUGCCCAAAGGAUCAAAUACGCAUUGUGAAAAAUCUGCGUGUGUGUGGGGAUUGCCACUCUACCAUGAAACUUGUAUCUCGUAUUUAUGAGCGGGAGAUUAUAUUGAGGGACCGUAAUCGAUUCCACCACUUCAAGGAAGGAUCCUGCUCGUGUAUGGAUUAUUGGUAA